AUGGAAGGCCGUAUACCAGCUAAAAUCCAAAGUUAUGGAAUAAAAUAUUGUCAACCUUAUCAACUACAACCUGACUUUGAUCCAAAUAUUACUCAGAGAAAAUUAGGAUUUGGUCCUGAAAUUGAUGGAAAUGUACAGGAAGUGAGAGGAGAAUAUAUAGUUAAUUUCUCUGAAAUAGCGAUCAUUUUAGGAGAAUCAUUGCCUGAGCAUCGAAAGGAAGUCGAAACUGAUCUCAAUGGAGAAACACAGACUAAAGAAGACAAAAGAUCUGAUGAGUUAAGUUUUAGACCAUUCAUUGGUUAUCCUGUCAAGCCAGUGAGAUAUGAAAGAUAUCUUGGCUUUAUAAAGAUAAAAGCUAACGAUACUUUGAAAAAUAUUCACUCUAAGAAAUUGCCUCAAAGGAUCCGAAAAGAGAAGACUGAUAAAAAUGAUGGAAUUAAAAUUCAAAAUAUAAACGAUAUUCAAAAUUCAUCAGGUGCUGAUACGGUUGAUGCUCCACAACUAAUAGUGCCGUGCGGCGUUGAAGCUGCCGUGAAGCUAGCCGGGAUGGAGGAGGCUGGUCGCUUGAUGAAGGAAAGGAAGAGGUGCUUUGACAAGUCGUCGGGGGUGGUCACUUCCAGACGUUACAUAAGCGAUCCCCAGGGGCCAUCACAUAAUGGAAACCACUUGGGAGGGCACUGCCAUCAUGAUCGGGAUUACAAGGGCCCACCCUCGGCCUCUCUUCACCUUCCCGAAUACCUUCGUCCUCCACCCUUCACCCUUCGGCCUUAUUGGACAUCAACAAUUUACGACUUCGAAACCGUCUAA